CUGGAGUAUUUCCUUUAUAGAUUUAACAUCUGUUGUCUUCUUCUACUGUGGGCGUGAAACCAAGGAAGCUAUUUUCAUGUCUCCUUCAGAGCCCCGGCUGCAGCUACUCGACUGCGCAAAUAAAAAUCAGACUUCAAAACCAAUGAAUUCUCGAAGAUCUGAUACUGAUGAUACAUACAAAAGGAAAAAGGGGAUGAUCUGUCAACUUCCUUGGGAUGUGCUCGACGAGAUUACCCAAACAUUAGAUUUUGAGGACCUCUUUCAGUUUUCAGGUGUCUGCAAAAAUUGGAGGACCUUUCACAAAUCAAAUUUUUUGUCAUCUCAAGAACCAUUACUUGUUGAGAUUUGGUAUUCUCGUUAUCCUCGCUGGGGACCAAAAUGCUUUAAUAGCCUAUCCAAUAAAAAAGUUUAUAACUUGGACAAGAUAAUGAACGAGAGAUACAAAAUAACCCCAACCUAUAUUACCUAUUCCAGUGGAUAUUUUGUUAUUCUAGAGGAUAAAUUUACAUUUCAGCUACACAAUCCAUUCACAAGGACAAAGAAGGUGUCUAUCAAUCUCGAAAUAAUGCCUGGGUUGCUUAUUCCACACCAGUAAAGCCGGAAGUGGUUAGUCACGAAGUGGUUUUCAAUAACAUGAUAUAUGUUGUCACUAACAUGGGCAACAUAGGGGUUCUCAGUUUGAAUUCUCCAAAUAUUAAAUUUCUAAACCUCAACAAUACUCCAAAUUUACACUUUCUAUACCAUAACCUUUACUUGCUCAAUUGUGAUGACCAACUUUUAAUGGUUGCGUUAGACUUUUUUAAAAACAAAGUUUACAAGAUAGACGGGUCAACCAUGAGUUAUUUUAAAUUGAAAAAUUUGGGUGAUGUUGCAUUAUUUUGUAUUGAGACGAAAACCUGUAUCGCAUUGAGCAACCCGAAUAGGUGGGGGUAUGAGAGCAACUCUGUGUAUGCUCUUGCGAAUCCUUAUAUUGAGUGUCGCAUGUAUAAUUGGAAUAGACGGUCAUCAACAAAAUAUAUCGAGAUUCCAAGUCCUAGAGGAUACAUCAGUGAAUAUAAUGAUUGGUGUUUUAGACAUCUAAAAUAUGAAGUGGAUUAUUCUCUCGUUGACUAGCUUUCUCCCGUUGUCUUAAUUGCUCUAGUAAAAACUUG